AUGUCAAGCUCAGGAUCAGGGGUGGCAAUGGCUUGUCUCGUGCUAGUGAUCUCGUGUAUGGUCAUGCCGACCCUGCAGCAUGCAGUUUUCACCGUCGGUGAGAGCAUCGGCUGGAUUCCUGGUUUUGAUUACAAUGCAUGGGCCGAAACCAAGCACUUUAAAGUUGGUGAUAGCCUUGUGUUCGAUUAUCCUAGUGGCCUUACUGUGGAUGAAGUAUUCGAAAAUGACUACAAUACAUGCACUGUGGGUAAUCCAAUAACCUCAGACAACAGUGGCUCUACCACCAUUCCUCUUCUCACUGCUGGCCCUCAUUACUUCAUUUGUGGUGUGGUUGGCUAUUGUUCCCGAGGCAUGAAGCUUCUUGUUAAUGUCAUGGCUGAAUCAACCCCACUGCUAUCUGGCCGGACACCAUCUCUUGCCACCAACACUACUGCUUCCUCGCCGUAAUUUAUGAAGACACCUUUGGCCUUUCCAUCGUUAAGGGGGCUCUCUGAUUUUACAAGCUUUGGCUGGCAAGGCUGCCCAUCCCUGCUCAUUGAUAGGCCAAU